UUGUUUUCGUACAUACAUACAUAUACAUAUAUAUUUUCCUUACUUUUAUUCACGUUAUUGUUUAUUCUUUAUUUUCAUUUUCAUUAUUGUCAUUUCUUCUCUUUUUUUUUCUUUUUUGUCAUUGCCGCUGUUUAUUUGCCGUUGUUUUCCAACAACUUUUUUCUUCUCGCUAAGGUUAACCGGACAACAUAAAAAUCAACGACUUCACCAGACACACAACUCCAGUUUCUUUCUUUGGAAUCUACCAACUCAUUCAUCAACAACAGAUUAACGAAAGUAACGAAAUGCCAGUGGCAAACCAGAUAUCUCCUGGCGAAGAAAACACAGUUUUACCAAAGAUGCAGCUACAGUACUUCUCUGGUCAAUGCGACUUUGCAGAUUAUAGCUGUGAGAAAGACGACCGAGGCUCAUGUUUUACCGAUGACAUUCUACAAGAAAUAUUUGCACCUUAUUAUCCGACUGUCGCCCCUGACGCCAACCAAUCAAUUUUGUCGGUGCUGCAAGCAGGCAGUAUAGAUAACAACAGUUUCAUUAACGAACACAUGACUGAACCAACUGUGAAGGACGCUCAACUAUCGAAUGGAUUGCAUGUAUUAGAAGCGCCAUAUACAACGGCUAUGUCAGCUACAAAUCACCUUCCGCUCUCCAACAUCCAUACAACAGACGACUACGUGGGAAAUACGAACCCAGUUCAUUUUGAUUCCAUGGACAGCUUCGGUAGAAAUUAUUUAAUGAAAACUUGGCAAUACAAACACCCGAAACAUUGGUCGAGAAGCGAAGUAUUAGAUUGGAUUUUUUGGUCAAUUGAAAAUGAGAACUUAGAUGCGAGUCGAAUGCGAGGUGAAGCAUUUCAGAACAUUGACGGCGUUCAACUAUGUGAAAUGACUGUAGAGAAAUUUUUACAAAAGGAACCUAAUUACGGUGCUAUUCUCUUUCAAAUUCUCAGCUCUCUCAUUCACAAACACAGUCAAUGCAACCAAUAUAAGACAUAUCAGCCACCACAUCAUUAUCAUCUACAACAGCAACAACAACAACAGCCGCAGCAGCGGCAGCAUCACCAGCAACAUCAGCAACAACACCAUCAUCAUCAACAGCAGCAGCAGCAGCAGCAGCAGCAACAGCAACAGCAGCAGCAACAGCCACGACAGCAACCAUAUGUACAAGAGUCCUAUCCACAACUGUUACUACAUAAUCAACCGCAACAGCAGCAACAACAACAACAACAACAACAACAACAACAACAACAACAACAACAACAAACACAGUUGCAACCACUACCACGUCAGCACCAACAGUUAGAUGAAUUCAUACCAAACCAUUCCAAUACAAUGUUUAUUAGUUCUGAUAUGAAUCCCUUCUCUUCUUCUCCAUCGUUGCCACACUAUUACCCAUCGUCUCAGUUGAAACAAAAGAAACGCCCGGGAAGGCCAAAAAUGAACAAUCUUUUUAAUGACUAUUUAUUUAUUUAUCUACUUAUUUCAGUGAAGAAUCAGUUACUGUGGGAAUUCCUGUAUGAUGCGCUGAAAAACCCUGGCUACAAUCCACGAUUCCUAAAAUGGGAAAACGAAGUGGAAGGAAUCUUUCGAUUUGUCCAAUCAGAAAUGAUGGCUAAUGUUUGGGGGGAACUUAAGAACAAUGAGAACAUGAACUACGAAAAACUCAGCAGAGCUAUGAGGCAUUACUAUCGCCGUGGAAUCUUGGAGAGAGUAGAAGGCAGGCGCUUGGUAUAUAAAUUCUCAAGAAACGCAAUAGAAAAAUUAAAAUUACGCUCAAAAUAGUUCCACAUUGGAAACAUUCGUCAAAACAUUGUACAGCAAUUUUCUUAAAAUUAGUUUAUCCUUUAAACUAUAGAUUGAUUAUUGCUGCUGACAAAAAUGAAAAUCUACAACAUUGCGCAAAUUUCAAUUCAUUUUCAUAAUUCAGCACUUAGUGUCUUCCAUAUAUAAUAACGCAACUCUUUACUGAGGAGAUUGUAAUACAAAUAUAAAAUUUUAAAUAAACCAUUUACAAUAUUAUUCAAACUUCAAUUAAUUUUCAGUCAUUUAUGUCUUCCAUAUACAAUGCAAUCCUUUGUCAAAAGGAGUGAAAAAUAUGCAAAAUUUAAAAUAAUAUUAAUAAUAAGCAUUAAAAAAAACUGAAACUAUCAUUAAUUUCCCAAGGGACUUGAAAUUACGUUUGAAUGUAUGAGUAUUGUCCAUGCGUGAAUACAUGAAACCAUAGAUGGUUGAAUGGAUAUAUAAACUAAAUAAAAUAGUAUUCAAUAUUUAAUAUUUUCAUAAAACUGAUUAAUAAAAAAGUUAAGAAAAGAGAACUACGUCAACAUUACAAAACCAGAAAUGGAAUUGUGACGAAAGGAUAUUGACAAACCUAUCUGAUUGACUGGCCGAACGAUUAAUAAAAAAAAUCGAUUAAUUAACUGGUAAAAUGGUUAACCAAUUAAACAAAAAAUAAUAAAGAAGUGAAAUAAAACCAGUGUGUGUGCUUAUUAUUGGCAUAAUGACCCUCCCGAGGUACAACACAAUUUGUCUCAACACACAAAUUCACAAACUAAAUACAAAAAACGAAAGGUUCAUUAUCGUUUUUAAUAAAAAAAAACAUUUUUCAUCA